CUCCGGUUGAUGCCAAGUGGUGCUAGCAUUCUCUCUCACUCUAUCUCUAUCUCUAUCUCGCGCACACACAAAAAGCAGCAGUAUAGGUAUUAUAUAGUUUGAUUGUGCCCACAAACUAACUAGUAAGCUCCAUAAACAGGGGAGACUAUUAGAAGUAAGAUUCUUAUUUUAUUCCAAGUUGUCACUUUUACGUUAGGAGAUAAAAAGGCAGAGGGUGCAGUGACUUGUGAGUAGUGAGAGAAGAAAGGAAAGCAUAAGGAAAAAAGAAAUGGAGAGAGAUAGCGAAAUGAAAUCAUCAAGAUUCAAGAGGGUUUGCGUUUUCUGUGGCAGUAGCCAAGGUAGGAAACCUAGCUACCAAGAAGCUGCUAUUCAACUUGGCCAAGUUCUGGUAAAAUACAUCUCUCUCUCUCUCUUCUACUUCAUUCCAUUGAUUUUUUCCCCUUCAUAUUCUCAUGCAAAUAGUCUUGUAAAGCACGAAUUUUGCAUGCUCAAUCCUUCUCUCAAAAGUACUGUCCCACUCUCUUUACAGUUUCAGAUUCGUUUCCUGCACCAUGGAGGGUCUCUCCCAACUCUCCCUCAAAUGGAUAAGAGCAUGAUAUUUGUGUGUGUACUAUAACAAGUAAUCUGCACUUAACUAUGGUUUCAAGGAACAUUGAUUUGGUCUAUGGGGGCGGCAGCAUAGGCCUGAUGGGUUUGGUCUCACAAGCAGUUCAUGAUGGCGGUCGGCAUGUCAUUGGAGUGAUUCCCAAGACUCUCAUGCCCCGAGAGCUGACUGGGGAAACAGUAGGGGAAGUGAAAGCUGUUGCAGAUAUGCACCAAAGAAAAGCUGAGAUGGCCAAGCAUUCUGAUGCUUUUAUUGCCUUACCAGGUGGUUAUGGAACUUUGGAGGAAUUGCUUGAAGUUAUAACUUGGGCUCAACUCGGCAUCCAUGAUAAGCCGGUAGGAUUGCUUAAUGUGGAUGAAUAUUAUGACUCUCUGUUGUCAUUCAUCGACAAGGCCGUAGAGGAAGGGUUCAUUAGUCCGACUGCUCGCCACAUCAUUGUAUCUGCUCCAACCGCAAAGGAGCUGGUCAAGAAAUUGGAGGAGUACGUGCCUCGUCACGAACGAGUUGCUUCAAAGCUCAGCUGGGAAACGGAGCAGUUGGGCUACUCUCAAGAUUAUGAUCUGUUGAGGUGAAAAUUACAGAUCUAUCAUUUCAAGAAAUCUAACUUGGGAUUUUAGGAAAAUCUUUUAUUUUUGUAAAUGUGGGAAUUGAUAUGAUCCCAUUAUGUUUGGGAGAAUAGUUUUGAUUUGCAAGCUGUAACUACUGAAUUGCAUUAUGUAAUUUCCUCACUAAUGGAAAAGUAUC